UGGAAGAUGGAUCCUGAAAUACAGAAGAUGAAGGAAGUAGUCCUUGUCUAUCUUGACAGAAGUGGUGGCCUUCAGAAAUUUGUGCAUGAUUGCAAAAAAUACAAUGACUCAAAACAAAGUUAUGCUGUUUAUCGUUUCAUUAUUUCAAUUAAUCCUUCUGACAUUGCUGAAUUGGAUGCAACUCUUGGAAACUAUAUUCUUCAUAAUCCCCUACAAGCUGCACAGAUUUUUCAGUCAGUAUGCUUUGUAGCUAUUAAGACAUUAUCACUAAUUGAACAAUUGCAGACAGAAGCCCAGAUCAGUAUAUUGCUGAGACCAACACAUUUGCCACCUUUACCGAGUUAUGUUCUGAGUCUUUCUGCAUAUCCCUUUAAUUACACAUCUCAAAGAUUUUAUAUGUCUGAAGGGAUAGUGAUUGCAAUGGGAACUGUAACAAAAUACACACAAGGAGCAAGAUUUCUUUGUACUGAGGAAACCUGUCCAUUCUCUGAAGGGUUUAGGUGCAUCAGAGUGCAUUGUCCUGGAGCUACAGAGUCUGCUACAGUGAGGACUGAUUUUGUGUGUAGUUUGUGUUCUUCACCACUGCAGGAAGACAUGAAAUUUAGAGUACUUGGUGAUAAACAAAUAGUUGAAAUGAUUGAUGCUAAAAUUCUGAAUGCUUUGAAAGGAUAUUCCAUUGAUAAAUCACACUUUAGGAUUCAGGCAUUUACAUUGUUCUUGAGAGAUGAACUGGCCAAUAAAAUGACAAUAGGAAACCACUACAGGAUUAUAGGAAUUCCAGCUUGUGUACAAAAUGGCCUACAAAUGACUGCAUGUAUAGAAGUCAACAGUGUACAGCUCUAUAAACCAAAUGAUCCUUCUUUUGUCAGUGACAAUUUUAAGUAUCUGCUCUCACUGACUUCAAGUUCACGCUGGAGGUUUAGUGCUGUCCUGGCCAACAUCUUUGCUUCUCAAGUUGUUCCACCAGGCACUUACAAUACUCUUAAACUUGCAAUAUUGCUGAGUCUAGUACAGACAUGUGAAAAAGAAAAUGCAGAUUAUCUGGAUCUCUUGAUUAUGACAAGUGACUAGCUAGUAAUUGACAGGCUUCUGAAUUACAGCUUAUGUCUUCUGCCCCGUGGCAUACGACACCCACCUUGCGGUGACAUUUUUCCUUCUGUGUCCAAAGAUAAACAUGGAACUGGAAGUGCCAGUAUUCAAGCCUGCAGCGCUGUGCUGGCCAAGGGUGGCAUCUGUUACAUAGGAGACUUAAGUUCAUAUAAAAAGGAUAAACUUGAACUUCUACAGUCUGUGCUAGAGAGCAGAACAACAACAGUAUUUAUUCCUGGGAAGAAGUAUAGAGAAGAGGCUGACCAACAAGUUACUGUUUCAGUUCAGACCAACUUUUGGUCCUUUGUAGAUGUGGACUCUUCCUCAAAGAAAAAUAUACAAAAGGAGAACUUUCUAAUUGGACAGAUGGAUGUGAGUUUGAUUCCAGUUAACCUUGUAGAUGGUUUUGGGCUCUUGAUCUACAAUGAGUUUCCUUCCUGUCGCCUGUCUUCUCCUGUUGUGCAUCAUACCUUGAAAAAAGCCAUUAAUCCUGAAGCCAUGCUGUACAAAGCCUCACAGCAGUUCAGAACACAGGAUUAUGAGGAGUUUAUUUUGUAUGCUAGGAAUCUUCAUGUUGAACUGAGUUCAGAAGCAGAAAGUCUCAUUCAGGGCUAUUAUCUUGCAAGUCGCAGGGUGAGAAGAGAUUCCAUUCAUGGAUCAACAUUAUCAGCCUCUGCACUAAAAAUCCUGAUUUCACUGGCUAAGGCUCAUGCCAAGCUCAGUUUAAGGCAGAGAGUACUUGAGGAAGAUGCAGUGAUUGCCAUCUUGUUACUCGAGUCAUCGCUGACCCUAAAACAUGGCACAUCUGCACUAUGUGUAGCACCAAAUCCUGUAUUUCCAUUUGACCUCAGUGAUGAAAACGCCCUGCAAGAGAGAGAUAUUUACCUCAUGCAGUGUCACCAUCAACUGCUGAAGUUUAUUGCUGCCUAUAGCCCAGGAAUUCACAUUAACACUAAUGAAGAGUAAAAACUCCACUCUAAGUAAAGCCUGAGGCUUUGGCUUUUUGAAGGCUACAGAAAAAAAAUCAAAAAAAUUACUAAAAAAAAAAAAACAAAAAAAUUAGAAAUCCAAAAUUACUAAAAACAGAAGACAGUUCAGUGAUGUUUUACCAAGGUACAAAGCAUAGCUGACAGGACUUGAAUUACAAGUUUUGUGAGUUGUUUGAAGGCAGGAGGGAAGUCUUCACCCUGGAAAGCCAUGGCUUCAGAAUACAGUCCCAACCAGAACUUCUCUUCCUGGCUACCACUCUCCAUUCACAGCUAAGCAAGGAGUGAUUUAGCAUUCAGGAUUUUUAAUGA